AAGCAAGCCGUCAAGAUGUAAUCCUGAUAAGAGAUCAGUCGUGAGCUCUUAUGAGCUCACCGUGGAUUAGUCUCGAUCAAUCGAUCGAUCGAGGAUACCACGUAAAACUUUUGUGUUCUGUGUUCGUUUCAAUUCCGCAUCAUCAAAUUCUUCAUGGUAUCAGAGCUGGUUUGUCCUUGAGGUCACGUGUUCAAGUCCUCACGACCCCCAAUAUUAACCGUUGUCUUCAAGCACAUGGUAUGGUGGGCCUGUGCAAACUUCAAGCACAUGGGUCGGCUUUCGUUUGAGGGGGCGUGUAAGGAAGUGGUUAAGUACCAUACACGGACCUGUAUAAGAUCCAGCAUAACCUUCUCCCAACAACUCGAGUUAUUGGGACCAACUGGUUUAUGACAUGGUAUCAGAGCGAAACUCGAUCCUUGUUAGGGUUUUGAGCUUCCGCAAUUGUGGCUAUUUUGUCUCUUGGUCGUCGUCAACUCCAUCGUCUACUCAUAAAUCAUGCCCUGCUACUGUCCAUGAUCAUCAAGUCUUCCAACUGCUCGGUUGUCCAUAGUCGACGUCCAGACGAGCAAUCAAUCCCUAUCGUCGCCAAGUCACAACUUCCGUCCAGUCAUGGCGGUUCGCCAGCUCAGUCAUCAGUGGCCUCCUCGUCACUGGCCGUCGUCACCCAUCAACGCCUGCGCCCUCCUCACAGUCGCCGCCAAUGUCAGCGACGGCGGCGUCUUCCGUCAUUUCAAGGCAGCACACGUCACAGCUGCAACUCCAUCGAUGGCUUGUCAUCAGCCGACCCUUUACCCCAAGUCGUCGUCAUCAUCACAAUCGGGAGAGAGAUUCGGCCCCACUGUCGCCGACAUGGUCUCCAGUCGUCAGCUCCUUUUCCGACAGUCCAAUCCGUUUUCUUCAUCUCCCAGUAAUCAAUCGUCGCUCACGUCUCACUCUAGCCAUCGAUCAACGCCGCCAACCGUAGCUCUGGUCGUAGUGUCUGGUUGCAGCGGGACGAGCAGAGGAGAAAGAGAAGGCGAGAAGAAAGAGGAGGAGAAACGGCGGACUCUGCAAAGUACUCAGACCGAGUCAUCCUCAUCAAGUGCAUCAAUCUCCAGCUAAGUACUCAUAAUAUUGUAACUCAAGGUUAUCACAACUUCCCGUCUCGGAAGUCGCUUUGUAGAACCCCUUCUCUGACGUCACAGCAAGGCAAGGAAGAAAAACUUUUGCUUGUUUCAUCGACUUGGAUCAGUUCUUGUGCCGUUUGUUUAAUUCAGUUUGGGAGAAUGGUUGGUCACAGUCCGUUUGGUCAAAGGGAUUCCAUGGUCAUCGUUGAAAAUCGUACUGUUGGUGGUGGAGAUUGUUGCUUGUUGCAGUUGAGUCAUUCUGUUCAAUCCAGGUUAUGUGUCUAGCUGGAGUUCCAUAAUUUGGCUUCCAUCUUGAAGCUGGUCAUAUCCGGUCUUCACCAGCAGCCAAUUACACCCUGGGUGUUUUGUGGAGAAGUAUCCCUCCUUGCGACCAGGUCAACAUUAUCAAGGUCAUGUAAAAAAAAAAAUCUUCAACAAGCUCAAUUCAUGACGUUGGAGGUAAUCACGACCAAGUAUUGGUGCUUCAUCAAUAAUAAAUGUUGGAGAAAGGAAAGUUUUCGUCAAGAAAUAAAGUCAAGGUGC